AUGAAAUCUGUAAGAGAAGAAGAAAGUAAUCAACUAUAUGUUUCUUUACCACCGCAAUCGAGUUUGGAAACUGAGCCAAUUGAAAAAGAGCCACUUAUUGAGGAAGAAGAAACAAAAGAUGGAUUAAAAACAUAUUGGAAGGGUUGCGAAUUUCUCCAAGCUUCUAAUUUAUGCUCUUCAAAAUGUAAGCUUAUUUUUAGAAGUGGAACUCAACGAAAUAUGUAUAUCACACUCAAAUUUUAUAUUGUCUGUAGUUCUUUGUUGAAUUGACUCAAAAAAACAUCUAAACGGUAAAAAACUUGCUCAAAAUAGUUUGAAAUUUUUUAGGUUCUCAGUACUGUUCACAAUAAAAAUACUGUCUCGAAAAACUACAGUACUUAUUCAAACAUUUUUACAGUAUCUCUUCAAUCAACCUCUUCAAUGUGUCGAAUAUGUCAUAUCUCAAAAUCAACUCGAUCAAAUCCUCUAAUUUCUCCUUGUCGAUGUUCUGGAUCACUUCUUUAUGUUCAUAAAGCAUGUGUUGUCGUAAGUCUUUUUUCUCAAAAAAACCUUUUCAACAAUAAUAAUUUCAGCGAUGGCUGGAAAUGUCAACUCGAAAAAUGGUUCCAGCUCCUCGAUGUGAACUUUGUGGCUAUGAUUAUCGUCGAUCGAACAUUUUCCAAAUUCGUUCUCUUCAUAUUCCACACAUUGAUAGGAAUUCUUGCAUUCUCAAUUUACUGUUUUUGUUGUCACUUUUAAUUAUGAUUCUUUGCGGAUAUAUUACAAUCAAAUUUAUUCAAGAAAAUGCCUCGAUUAAUAAAAAGUUCGUUUUUUCUAUAGAGAAAGAAUGAUAUCUAAUGUUUGUUUUUUUUUUAGUUUUUCUGGCUCCGGUGCAACAUAUUCUCCUUGGAAACGUCGACCAUAUACAACAAGUGUUUCUGGAAAUGAUCAUGGGUCUGAUGUGUAUGUUAUUAAUAUAUUUAUAUUUCAGUUUUGGAUUAAAUUGUUUAAUUUCAGAAACUAUCAUAUUCGACCGCCAGUUUCUUCUUUAUUCGAUUUCAAAGUUAUUUCUUGUGCGUCAAUGUUUCUGUCUGCUUUUAUAGUUGCAUUAUUUACACAAUACAGGGCUGAAGCUACAGUAUUCCGAUGUAUAUUUCGAUUUUUUGUUAUUAAUCAUAAUUGGAUGAUUAAAAAUUAUGAUUUAAAGUAAUUAGAAUAUUUUUCUAAAAAUCUGAAACUAAUCUUACUAUUUAUAGAAAUGAUCCAGAAAUGGCAAUUCGUCGAUCACUUAAAGCUUCAACAUCAAAUUCAACAUCUGAUCCAGUUUUAUUGCAACCAUCUGAAAUUUAUCCUGAUAAUCAAAUUAUAUAA